AUGAUCUGUGGAAUAUUCAUUUUGACCACUGGGUGGCGCCAGAUCUCUUCACCCUGCACAGAUUGACUGUCACAACCAGCAAGCAACUUGAAAUGUUCCUUAUCAGUUUGUCCUUCACACUUUUGAGUAAACAGUUGUCAAGGAAGACAACACAAGUGAAGAGCAGUGGGUUUAUCAUGUCUACGACUGGAAGUAUGUUUGUUUUCCCACACGGAGGGAGCUGCUAAAGGGUUGACAGAGCUAUUAAACCCAGCACCGGGGCUGCUUCUCUGCUGGUUUUCAGUCAGUUUGAUAAGAGACCGGAGAGGAGCCAUGGCGAGUCCUGGACAGAAAGUGGUGCUGAUCACCGGCUGCUCCUCUGGGAUCGGUCUGAGGAUGGCCGUGAUGCUGGCCAAGGAUGAGCAGAAGCGCUACCAUGUUAUAGCAACAAUGCGUGACCUGAAGCGUAAAGACAAGCUGGUGGAAGCUGCUGGAGAUGCGUACGGAAAAACUCUGUCUUUGGCUGUGCUGGACGUCUGCACUGAUGACUCCGUCAAACAGUGUAUCAACGGCAUCAAAGACCGACAUGUGGAUGUCCUCAUCAACAACGCAGGUAUCGGCCUGGUGGGGCCGCUGGAGAGCAUCCCCAUCGACGAGAUGAAGAAAGUGUUUGAGACUAAUUUCUUCGGGGUGAUCCGUAUGAUAAAGGAGGUGAUGCCUGACAUGAAGAAGAGGAAAGGAGGACACAUCAUCGUGGUCAGCAGUGUGAUGGGACUGCAAGGUGUAGUGUUUAAUGACGUGUACGCAGCUUCCAAGUUUGCGAUGGAGGGCUUCUGUGAGAGUCUGGCUGUGCAACUCCUGAAGUUUAAUGUCACACUAUCAAUGAUAGAACCGGGUCCUGUGCACACAGAAUUUGAGGCAAAGAUGAUUCAGGAUGUGAAGCAGAAGGAGUAUCCUGGCACUGAUCCUGACACAGUUCAUUACUUCAAGAACGUCUAUCUUCCCUCUUCUGUUGACAUCUUCGAGACUCUGGGACAAACGCCGGACGACAUCGCCAAAUGCACAAAGAAAGUGAUUGAAGCAAGCAGCCCUCGUUUCCGUAAUCUGACCAACCCCUUGUACACGCCAAUCGUAGCGUUGAAAUACGCCGAUGAAACUGGAGGCCUGUCUGUCCAUGCUUUCUACCACAUGCUCUUCAACAUGGGGACUCUAAUGCACGUUAGCAUGACAGCAAUGAAGUAUCUCACCUGCGGAUGUCUGAGGAGCCGGACAGUUUCACCGAACUAGAAACUGCUAGACCACAAUAGAGACUCACUACCUCGGCUUAUGUUGCCAGAGGAAAAACAGUCAACCAGACAGGGACAGUUUCAAAGUUUAACCAAUGUGACCUGCCAUAUUUCCUGCUGUAUGCAGUCUGUACUGUACCGAGUUUUUCCCAUUUACUGUCCUCUCCUUUCGUUGUAUAGAGAUGUAGAAGCUGCCUAAUAUCAAAAGCCCAGUUGAGUUUAAAACUACAGAUUUAUAAGCUUAGCUUACCAAGAGUGCCAAAUAUGUAGAGUCUGCACUUAUGAGUCAUUUUGUAGCCCACAUUCAAUAUUUUUGGUCAGCAUUAUCACAACACAACUACCCAUGUUAGGCCGUUUUAAAUUGUUGUAAAGACAGUCCUACACCUUGCUGAUUUAUAUCCAAUGUAUUUACAUGAAUGUACAUAUUGUUGAAAUUCUGUCACUGUGAUGAAGCAACUGUUUUGGCAAUAAAACUGGUCAAUUAUCA